GGGCCGCGGGGCUGCGGGACGGACCGGGCGGGGGCCCGGGGUGGCACCCGGCGGACGCCAUGGACCUGCUCUCGGCUCUGAGCCUGGGCGAGCUGGCGCUCAGCUUCUCGCGGGUGCCGCUCUUCCCCGUCUUCGACCUCAGCUACUUCAUCGUCUCCAUCCUCUACCUCAAAUAUGAGCCAGGAGCAGUCGAGCUGUCCCGGCGCCACCCCCUGGCGUCCUGGCUGUGCGCCAUGCUGCACUGUUUUGGGAGCUACAUCCUGGCCGACCUGCUCCUCGGGGAGCCCCUGAUCGACUACUUCAGCAACAGCUCCAGCAUCUUGCUGGCCUCGGCGGUCUGGUACUUGAUUUUCUUCUGCCCCCUGGAUCUCUUCUAUAAGUGUGUCUGCUUCCUGCCCGUCAAACUCAUCUUCGUGGCCAUGAAGGAGGUGGUGAGAGUCCGCAAGAUCGCAGUGGGCAUCCACCACGCACAUCACCACUACCACCACGGGUGGUUCGUCAUGAUCGCCACAGGGUGGGUCAAAGGCUCUGGCGUUGCCCUCAUGUCCAACUUCGAGCAGCUGCUCCGAGGGGUCUGGAAGCCAGAGACCAAUGAGCUCCUUCACAUGUCCUUCCCCACCAAGGCCAGCCUGUACGGAGCCAUACUCUUCACCCUCCAGCAGACCCGCUGGCUCCCGGUGUCCAAAGCCACUCUCAUCUUCAUCUUCACCAUGUUCAUGGUGUCCUGUAAGGUGUUCCUGACAGCCACUCACUCUCACAGCUCCCCUUUUGAUGCCCUGGAGGGCUACAUCUGCCCCGUGCUGUUUGGGGCGGCCUGGGGGGGUGACCAUCACCAUAACAACCACGGAGGGUCCCACGGCGGUUCCCACGGCGGUGGUGGGCCGGGUGCCCAGCAUUCGGCCGUGCCUGCCAAGUCCAAGGAGGAGCUAAGCGAGGGCUCCAGGAAGAAGAAGACCAAGAAGGCGGAUUAAGGGCUGGCCUGAGGGGCACUGGGGAGAGGACCCCGACCC